UCGUCGUCUCCACCUACCAACGAAAAGCCGUUAUAAAACCAAACUCACUCCCUCUUUGUAAUCGCCGCCACCUCCUCACGACGGAUUUCCCCAUUCAUAUACACACAUUAUAUACAUACAUACAUACAUACAUUCUCUCUCUCACACACACAAAUCUCUCUCUACACAAUGGCGUUAGCACCAUCACCCUCUUCAGCAACCGCCUCACUCUCAACCACUUUUCUCUCAACCAAACUUCCGUCGCAAACUUCCGUCGCUAACCUUCCCGCCGUCCGCAAAUCACGGAACAACCGUCAGUUAGUGAUCCGAAACUCUGUAGCGAGUGCUCCGUCAAAUGCGGUGACGAAAAGUAGCAGUAGUGUAGUGAAAUCAGUAAAGGCGAGACAGAUAAUAGAUAGUAGAGGUAAUCCGACGGUUGAGGUUGAUUUAGUGACGGAUCAGCUGUACCGAUCCGCGGUUCCGAGUGGGGCGUCAACCGGAAUUUAUGAAGCUUUGGAAUUAAGAGAUGGUGAUAAAAGUGUUUAUGGUGGUAAAGGUGUUUUGAAUGCUGUUCAUAAUAUUAAUCAUGUUUUGGGUCCUCAAAUUAUUGGUGUUGAUGUUAGGGAUCAAGCUGCCUUUGAUGCCAUCAUGCUAGAGAUUGAUGGAACUCCAAACAAGUCUAAGCUUGGAGCUAAUGCGAUACUUGGAGUAUCCCUUAGUGUAUGCAGAGCUGGUGCUGGAGCAAAGGGUGUACCCCUGUACAAACACAUUCAGGAGAUAUCAGGAACGAAAGAGCUUGUUAUGCCAGUUCCAGCAUUCAAUGUGAUUAACGGAGGCAGCCAUGCUGGAAAUAAUCUAGCCAUGCAAGAAUUCAUGAUCCUUCCAGUAGGUGCAUCUUCAUUUGCCGAGGCUCUGCGAAUGGGUAGUGAAGUUUAUCACACUCUGAAGGGAAUCAUCAAAGCAAAGUAUGGACAAGAUGCAUGCAACGUUGGAGAUGAAGGUGGAUUUGCUCCCAAUGUGCAGGAUAAUAGGGAAGGACUCGUGUUGCUCAUGGAUGCAAUUGAGAAGGCUGGUUACACUGGCAAGAUUAAAAUAGGAAUGGAUGUUGCUGCUUCCGAAUUCUUAACAAAAGAUGGUGCAUAUGAUCUCAAUUUCAAGAAACAGCCAAAUGAUGGAGCUCAUGUUCUCUCAGCUCCUAAGCUUGGUGAUUUAUAUAGAGAAUUCGUCAGAGAUUUUCCUAUUGUAUCAAUUGAGGAUCCUUUUGAUCAAGAUGAUUGGUCCUCAUGGACUUCACUACAGUCUUCAGUUGACAUCCAAAUUGUUGGGGAUGACUUGCUGGUCACAAAUCCAAAGAGAAUUGUAGAAGGUAUACAGAAAAAGGCCUGCAACGCUCUGCUAUUGAAGGUUAACCAGAUAGGUACAGUAACUGAAUCUAUCCAAGCAGCACUUGACUCAAAGGCUGCGGGUUGGGGUGUGAUGGUUAGCCACCGUAGUGGUGAAACGGAGGACAACUUUAUUGCAGAUCUUUCAGUUGGCUUGGCAAGCGGACAGAUCAAGACUGGUGCUCCUUGCCGAAGUGAGCGAUUAGCCAAGUAUAAUCAGCUUUUGCGCAUUGAAGAGGAACUUGGAAAUGUACGUUAUGCAGGUGACGCAUUCAGGUCACCAUAAGAAAGAUCAUAUCACUUUAAUUCCACAAUAAACCAUAUUGCGGAAUUGCCAGUGAUCUCUGCAAAUUCUCUAUAGAGAACCUUUUUGUUGUAAACUCAACCAGGCUUUUACCAUAUUCUGAAAAUAAUAAGAUUUUAUUUAUGUUUUGAUUGAAUAAAAUCUUGCAUGUUUUGUACAUUUAGAGAUUGGCAUCAAUAUGUAUCCAUUGUUGCUUGCA